CCGUCUCGAACCCUCCCCCCCUCGCCGCCCCCGUCUCGAUGGACGCGGACGGCAGCAAGGCGAGGCUGGUGGCGGCCUGCGUGAUCGGCGGGAUCGUGCUGGGCGCGUCCGUGGUGGCGCUCCACGUCGCGGGCCCCGUGGCCGUCCCGGGCCUGCCCCCGCUCGACGCGCUGCGGCGCCGGUUACGCCGCCGCCGCCGCCGCCGCCCCGUGCGCGUCUACAUGGACGGCUGCUUCGACAUGAUGCACUACGGCCACUGCAACGCGCUGCGCCAGGCGCGCGCGCUCGGGGACCAGCUCGUCGUCGGCGUAGUCAGCGACGACGAGAUCACCGCUAACAAGGGCCCGCCCGUCACGCCGCUUCGCGAGAGAAUGGUAAUGGUCGGUGCCGUGAAGUGGGUGGAUGAUGUUAUUCCAGAUGCGCCAUAUGCCAUAACCGAGGACUUCAUGAAGAAGCUAUUCACCGAGUACAAUAUAGAUUACAUCAUCCAUGGCGAUGAUCCAUGCCUGCUCCCAGAUGGCACCGACGCGUAUGCCCUUGCCAAAAAUGCUGGCAGGUACAAGCAGAUUAAAAGAACCGAGGGUGUGUCAACAACAGACAUUGUUGGAAGAAUGCUUCUUUGUGUUAGAGAGAGAUCAGCUUUGGAUAGGCGCAACCACUCUUCACUACAGAGGCAGUUCAGUUCUGGGCAUGGUCAGAAGAUUGACGAUAGUGGAUCUGGAAGUGCAACUAGGAUAUCUCAUUUCCUUCCGACAUCUCGGAGAAUAGUUCAGUUCUCAAAUAGCAGGGGUCCAGGACCAGAUUCUCGGAUAGUUUACAUAGAUGGUGCAUUUGAUCUGUUCCAUGCUGGACAUGUUGAGAUAUUGCGACUUGCUCGAGAGCUUGGUGAUUUCUUGCUUGUGGGUAUCCACACAGAUCAGACCAUAAGUUCUACACGAGGACCACAUCGCCCAAUCAUGAAUCUCCAUGAGCGAAGUUUAAGUGUCCUAGCCUGCCGUUAUGUUGAUGAAGUAAUCAUUGGUGCUCCAUGGGACAUUUCAAAAGACAUGAUUACAACAUUCAAUAUUUCAUUAGUCGUUCAAGGAACCAUUGCGGAGAACAUGGAUUUUGCGAAGGAUGAAUCACAUCCGUAUGCUGUCCCAAUGGAGAUGGGCAUUUACCGUAGACUGGAGAGCCCUUUGGAUAUCACUACUAGUACUAUUAUAAGGAGGAUAGUUUCUAACCAUGAAGCCUACCAGAAGCGGAACGAAAAGAAGGAAGCCAGCGAGAAGAAGUAUUACGAGGGUAAAAACUUCGUGAAUGGAGAGUAACUUGCGAACAUACCUUUUGAGAAACUAAUACUCUGUCACAAGUGCAACCACGGGUUUGCUCUUUCAUUGUUAUAUCUCUCAUGUUGAUGCUAUAGCUUAGGUAGCUCUAGACGCAACCUCGACUGGUGAGAUCCAGUAGCAGGCGGUGGUAGUGAAUUAGGAGAUGAUGCUGUUGUGGGAAGGCAUUUCCUGCGCACGCUUCCAGUGUCGUCCCUAUCCUCCCUGUUUAUGGGCCUAAGCUGCUGCUGUUACCAGUUUUAGUUGUGACCUAUAUGUUUUUCAGAGCUGUUGUACAGUAUGCAUGCUAGGUUAGAUUAUGCUUUAUGUAUGCCUCCCGAUAUAUGUGGGCGUGGUAUGGGAGUCCUUUUUAGCGUA